CGCUCAAUAAUUUGAUUGACUUGAAUUGUCAGUAUUGUGAAAACAUCGAGCUAUUUUUAAAUUUAUGCUUUCCUAUAGAAAACCGGAAUAAAGAAUAUAGUGCGAAAUGCUGAACGGCCUUCGCGGAGUGUCCCCAUCAUCGGAAACGAUGUCGGAAAGCACUUUGGAGAGAAACCGCGCGGAGAAAGCGCUUUUAACUAAAACAUCAGCACAGAGUCAAGUGUUCGGCAAAUCGUCGGUUCUCAAGAAUUAUUCCGAUAAAAAUGGGAACGAUGUCACCAAAUCGGUACACAAGGGGAGGAAGACUUUCGCCUUCUGGACGCUGGUUGUGUUAUUGUUUGCUCUCGCCAUUGGAAACUUGAUACUAAUCUUCACGAUUUUAGCCGUCCUCAGACUGGGACAUGGUAUGGAGAGCAUGGAAUUCCUUCCUGAACAUAAUGCAAUAAAAUUCUUCGGCGCCACUGAUCUGGAGCACGUGUACAAGAGGGACGGACUGCUGGAGAGCUACAAGGACACUCCAAUGUCUAUAACUAGCGAGAACGGAUCAGUUCUGUUCAAUUUGCAGACCAGGCUGUCCCGCUCUGACACCAAGCUCACGGUGAACACGUCGGGCGUGUUCGUGCGCGGGGUCAACGCCCUCCACCUGCUGGACCCUGACUCCGGGGAGACAGUGUUCAGCACCGGCGCUACGCAAAUGAAUCUACCAGACGGCGUCAACAAUUUACAUGCUAAACAACUGUCAACAAAACGGAUAACGUCUCCGGUGGACGAGGACCUGCUCCUCAGGUCGAACACGUCGGCACACCUCCGCGGCGCGGAAGGCACACGUAUGGAGUCCAAGGAGCUACUAUGGAAGGCUGAUCAGGAUAUCUACCUGAAGUCAAUCAACGGCUCUGUGGUACUCAGCGGCAAGGAGGGAGUGUUUGUAGACGUGAGAUAUUUACCAAUAGCGUUGCCGGUGAAUAAAACCGAUAAAUCGUCAACGGGACAGUUCAAAGUGUGCGUUUGUAUGCCGCAAGGCAAGCUGUUCAGGAUAGCAGUGCCCACCGGACAGAAGGUGUCGUGUUCACAUAUAAAUAUGACGGCGGAUUUGAAUCCCUGUCUAUAAUUUUUUAUUAUUAUAUUUAAUCAUUAAUAAAUAGUAUAAAUUAGGCGUGAGUAAUAUAUAGCAAUGGGGGAAUACAGGUCUACCUCCUCGCGGUUCCCCCUGGUAACUAUCAUGGUUAAUUCCUGAUGAAUUCAUCAUGAUGGGCUAACUGGCCUGUUUUCAUUCUCAUCUAUCACCCUUCACUGGUGCUCCGCCAGCGUAUUCCGUUAGCGCAGGCGGGGUUACCAUACCAUUUUCACCCAUAACAUACAACGUUAUAAUAAAUGUAUUUAACCCGACUCCAGAUAUUGGAUCGGUAUCCAUAUCACCCAUGCCUGGUAUAAAUAUGAAAGUAACUUUAUUAUAUGGUUGAAUAAUAUACAUAUAGCAAUUCCUAUAUAUUGUAAAUAUUUCACUGAAUUAGGUGUUAUCCUGCCUAAGUCCAUAUAACUGGUUAUUUGUUUAGAAUUAUUUUGUUUAAUUCCGCUACCAUUAGUAUGUGUGUGACUGCCAACACUUGGGUUAAUUGUUUAGAAUGAUUUUGUUUAAUUCCGCUACAAUUAGUAUGUGUGUGACUGCCAACACUCGGGUUAUUUGUUUAGAAUUAUUUUGUUUAAUUCCGCUACAAUUAGUAUGUGUGUGACUGCCAACACUUGGGUUAAUUGUUUAGAAUUAUUUUGUUUAAUUCCGCUACAAUUAGUAUGUGUGUGACUGCCAACACUCGGGUUAUUUGUUUAGAAUUAUUUUGUUUAAUUCCGCUACAAUUAGUAUGUGUGUGACUGCCAACACUCGGGUUAUUUGUUUAAUAUUAUUUUGUUUAAUUCCGCUACAAUUAGUAUGUGUAUGACUGGCAACACUCGGGUUAUUUGUUUAAAAUUAUUUUGUUUAAUUCCGCUACAAUUAGUAUGUGUAUGACUGGCAACACUCGAAGAUUCACCACCACUAUUACUAUCAGAAGUUUCAGAUUAAAAAAAUAGGUUAUAGAUCCUUUACUAGUAAUUUUUCUCAAGGUACCUAUUU